AUGACAAGAGAUCUUUUCAAGAAGAUAAAACACUUUCGUGGACAAUUCAUACCAAAAAAUGGCACAUUAACAGAUUCAAGUGGUAAACACUUAACAAAUGGUCAUGAAAUCAAGAACAAAUGGAAACAAUACACCGAGGAACUAUACAAGAAGGAAAUCAAUGGAACCGGGAAUUUAGAUCUUGACAGUUAUGAACCAGAACCAGAUAUUUUGGAAAACGAAGUGACAUUCGCAAUGGAAACACUAGCAAAUGGUAAAGCACCUGGACAUGAUGGCAUUCCAAUCGAAUGUUUUAAAACAAUUAAAGAAGAUACAGUGAAAGUAUUAACAAAAUUAUGCCAACAAAUAUGGAAAACAAACAAAUGGCCUCAAGAUGGAAAACAUCGAUAUUCAUUCCCAUACCGAAGAAGGGAAAUGCCAAAGAUUGCUCAAAUUACCGAACAAUUGCUCUUAUCUCACACGCCAGCAAGAUAA